AUGCUCGUUCUCUCCAACCUAACGAACCUUCUCUCUCAGAUUCUCUCUCUACCCGCCCUACACACAGCCGUGCUCUUCACACCCGCCGGCCAACUAGUCACCUUCGUCUCAGAGCCCAUACGCCCCAAGGACGAAGUCCGAAUAAUCGUUGGUCUCAGUGGUGAAGUAUGGCAAGAAACGCGUGAGCAGGGAUACGGGAUGGUUGAUAGCGAGCUGGGUCGUAUCGUCGUUGUGCCUGUGGAGGACGUAGAGAGGAAACCUGGAUCGACGGCGGAGGAUCCGUUGCCAUUGAUGCUGAUCGCUCUUAAUUCUGAUGAAUCCAUGGAAUGGACAGAAUUGCAGGCCAAGGGAAAGCUUAUCGCCGGUCAUCUUGCAAGGUCGUUGAGCAAGUAUCGUGAAUUUCUUGUCGUACGAAAGCCCCCGACGCCGCAGGCUACGGCAAUAAUAGCUUCCUCUGCGCCUGUCCGAACGUUUACGUUCACGAAUAAUUGGCAGAACCCUGCAAAUGUAGACCGGGUUGGAUCGGUUUUAUUGAUGACGAACAUACCUCACUACCUUCGCGCCCCUACCAUCGUUCCCUCUACCCUCUCACCAAGAAUUUUUAUUUUCGACUCGAUCUUUGGCCCCGGACCAAAGAUACAAAUAGAACAUGCGACGAUGGCCUGUCCCGUCUUGGCCCAAAAAAUCGAGCAUACCCCAGUAGAACGAUCCCAGAUACAUCCUCCACCAAUAAUACUCUCCAGGCCACCGGAUCCAUAUGUUAUCCUCGCUUCUGAGCUUUCCCAGCUACGUGGAAACCUCUUGACUCUCCUUGGUUCGGCUCAUCCAGGUCUUAAAGACCUGGCCCAAUGCUACUUUCUCGAUCCGACAAAACUCGUACGUUCACUCAUUAUUCUGCUCUUUGCACGCGCGACAAAUAGACUGGGGUCGGGCUGGGAGGCGAUGGAAUGCAAUGCAAAAAGGGAGGCUGGGUUGGGAAGGACGGAGGAGUUCGAGCUGCCGUUAACGCGUGGAGACGUCCUGCAUUACUGGAAUCCCAGCAUGCCUGACCAUGCCGAAUCAUUCGACUCUAUAUUUCCUCUACAAACGCCAGCACCGUUUCCACAUUCUCCUCAAGCCCCUUCACCUUUUUCGUCGGACCCUCCUUCCACUCGCCAGCACCUCCUACCAACACAAAUACGCGUCGCACAAAUAGUCGAGAUGAUUCAAGUCGCUUCAAUGCUGCACGAUGAAGUAUCUCUGACGACCACCUCGUCACCCUCUCCACCCUAUUCGCUAUUCGGCAACAAACUUUCUAUUCUUGGCGGCGACUUCUUACUCGGACGCGCCAGUGCUGCUCUCUCCCGGCUAGGCGACAGCGAGGUUGUUGAGCUCGUCGCAAGUGUCAUCUCGAACCUCGUGGAGGGCCGGGUGAUAGAACUCAAGACCGAGUACGCAUCAUCCCCUCUCACACCCCAAGAUGCAUGGCAUACCUACUUCAAAACGACGUAUCUGAAGACUGGGAGCUUAUUGGCUAAGGGUGCACGGUCUGCCGUGAUACUGGGCGGAUGCAGGAAUCAGAUUUGGAAAGAGGUAGCAUACGCGUUCGGACGGAAUGUUGGUGUUGCACUCCAGUUGGUCGACGACGCCAGGAAACAUGAAUCUUAUGCGUCGGCCAGCACGCAACCCAGAAUUGCAACAAGCCCCAUCUUGUUUGCAUGGGAGGACCAUCCUGCUUUAGGACCCCUGAUCGAACGCGGAUUCAGUGAACCAGAAGACGUCGCAGUGCCCAAGGCAUAUGACCUCGUACGCAGGUCUUGUGGUAUCGAGAGGACAUGGGAGCUCGUCCAUGACUACGUUAACAGGGCCAGCAAUCUUCUUCGAUAUCUGCCAGACAGCGAAUCCAGGCUGGCAUUAGACUUUUUUACAAAACGCAUUGCUGAACGGACGUCAUGA